UAUUUUUCUUGUAUUUACAGCUUUUCUCUUGUGCGAGACUUGGCGAUUUGGAAGUUUUCCACUGCUGCCUGCUGCGAUUCUCACCUCUGCAUCACCACAUCAUCUCAGACCUCUUUAUCCUACAGACACAUAUUUUAUCUACAUAUUCAGACAAGUUCUUUUGCACAUAGUAACAUUCAGUUACACGCACGCACACACACACACACACACACAUUUAAAUAACCGCCUUUCCCCCCCCAGGUGUCUUCUUUUUUUCUACUGUGGUCUUACAGGAUGCCCCGUAGGGGACGGCGCUCCGAGGCGGCCAAGGUGAGAUGGAGGAAGCUGGAGAGUGUGCCGGUCGUCGCCGAGCCUGGGACACCACCGCUCGCACCCAGCGCUUGGAACCCGACUCGGUCUCCGCCGACGAAGACGUCCCGACUGCUGGAGGGUGGCCUGCCCUACCAGAUGUCGCCCGUGGUUCGUCAGGACGAGGAGCCCCGUGGGCAGUCGACUUCUCCGGAGUCGCGUCGUGGGACGGGGCGUCGCCAUCGCGUGGAGACGUGGCCAGCUUCCCGGGUGACCAGACGGAGCUGCAAGUUGGUUCUGCCUACUGCCGAGGCUCUGGAGAAGAAGUUUGCUCUUUUGGUUGGUGAUUCCCAUCUGCGUGCUAUUGUGGAUGGGUAUUCUACCAUGCCAAAGGGCGACUUCUCCUUAGGGAUGCUUGCAUCUCCCGGAGCUUCUGCGGAAGAGUUGCGGCUUGAGGUGCUGGAUGCAGUUCUGCCUCGGCCCCCCGAGGUGAUCUGUCUUCUGGCCCCAAGUAACAACUUGACCGCCAGCAGGACCUUCGUGGAGGCCGGAGCGGCGUUUGACGCUUUGUUGCGUACCGUCUGCAACCUCUCUGCUAAUGUGGUCGUUGUGGACUUUCCCCCACGCCUUGGCGUGAAGGAAAGUGUGCAACAGCUGCUGCGGCAGGAGUUUCAACGUGUGGCUGCUCAGAGAGGUGUUCGGUACUUGCCUGUCACUGAACACUUCCCGUUGAGCAGCCUAGCCUUGUGGAGCAGGGACGGCGUUCAUCUGAGCGAUCGUCCUGGGAUGGAGGUCCUUUCUCAGUUGCUUGAGGCGGCGGUCUCUUCGCAACUUGAGUUAAGUGCACCGAAAUCUCCAGCUCCUGUGAUGUUGGCUCCUCCCCCCCCUGGGACGGCAUCCCCCCCCGCGGUGAGACGUCCCCUGCCCCGGCUGGUUGUGGUUGGCGAGGUCGCUGCUCCGCGUCGUUUGGACCCCUUCGCCUGGACUGUGGUUGGUGGCCGUAAGGUACUGGAUACAUGUUUAGUUGAUUUAAGCAAAAUCUUGCAUAUUUAAUUCUUUAAGAAUCCAUGAAUGUGUAUAUUUGACUUUUUAACGUGUCUGUUUUGUGUCUGCCUCCCUGAGUGUCCAUUUCAACUUUUCUUUAAAGUGCAGAUUAUAAACAACAUACAAGUUUCUUUAAUUGUCUUGAGGGCAAGUAAAAGUGGA